AGCACUGGUUUAGUUUCCACGAAGCAUUCGUUUAAGUGUAUCGAAUAUUUUUCUAAAGAAAUUGUGAAAUUUUUUAAAUCCUUAAAAAAGAUAUACCAUAAAUAAAAUGAAUUUCCGAUUAAGUGUUGCUUGUAUCUGCUUGGCUGCUUUGUUGGCCAUUAAUGUGGUAGAUGGUAAAUCAGUCCUUGAAACGCAGCCAAAGUUACGUGACAUAACCGUUGUACAGGAUAUACGUGAUUUCGCCAGAAACCAUCCAGGCUUAAAAUUGACACGUUUAAGCAAGGAACCUGGCAGAACCAGAAGCCAAAGUGUACGAUACACUUUGGGUGGACGUGUUGCAGGUGAUCGUCUUGUUGCACAAGGUUCUGAUGUCUUUAACUAUCCAGCCAAAAAAGAUGUUGCUAUUCAACUAACUUAUCCUGAAUCCGGCACUGGUAGUAUUGUCACAUUUGUUGAUCUUGUUUGCCAACAAGAUAGUGACUCUGGUAAUGCAUACGUUAUUGCUGGUGGAAUUGGUCAACGUUAUAUCUCUAUUGUAGUGGAAGCGAAUCAAACUGAACAGUUCUCAUAUAAUGCACAAUAUUACGGCUCCAACUAAAAUCUAAAUACUAUAUUUUCAUUUAUAUAAAAUACAUAAAGUACAAUGUACCUGCAUUAAAUAAAUCAUUUUAGUUUAA